AUGGAAUUUAAUCGGGACCAUUUACUUGGAAUAGCAUUGAAUGGUGAAAGUGAGCUUUUGGUGCUUAGAAAUAAAUUAAUGGAAGUUAAUGAAAAUAAUGUAACAUCAACUGAAUCUAUUGAUUCUUUGUACUUAACAUAUAUAACCCUACUGAGUUAUGGCGAAGAAAUGGAGCUGGGUUUGAGUUAUAAACUACUUUCUGAUAAGAUUGUGGGUAUUUCCAAAAUGUUGAAUAAUACACCAUAUUCUAUUGGCAAAUACUUAGGGUUUACAUUAAUAUUGAGUAUUUGGAUAUUGAAGAGUCAGGAUUGGUAUAACUUAGAUGACCUAAGUAGUACCGAUGUUUGUAACGUUAUUAUAAAAUUAAUGGUUGAUUGCUGUAAUACUGAACAUGCUAUUUCUUAUGAAUUUAGUCAAGAUGAAGAACAUGAGAAUUUGGUAAUUUCUGGCAAAAGCUGGAUGGAUGAAUGGGGUGAACCUUCAAAUUCUUAUUUUGGAUCAAGUAUUGUUGAAGACGAAGAAAUAGAUGGGGUAGUUGAGAUAAAGAAUGAAACAGAUAUGAAUAUAUUAAAUAUUUCAAAUAAUGCAGAUUUUACUAUAAAUAAAAAGAGAAGAUUAGAUGGUAUCGUCAGUGGUGAAUACGAGGAUGAUUUUAAAUACAUAGUUUUUGAAAUAACUAAAAUUAACAUUGAUAGUCUUAAUUUAUUGUUUGAAAAGAGGUUCAGUGAUGAUCUAUUUACAACUUUUCAGAAUAUUAAUUUCAAAGACAAUACACAAAAGAAUAUUUUUUUUAAUAAGAUAUUUUUUUUAAAUUCAAUAAUUUGUUUUUAUAGGUGCUCUGGAUCAUUUUUAAUGACAGCUCUGGUUUUCAAAUUGCCACGUGGUAGAUAUUUACUUGAAAAUGGUGUAGAAAUGGUUGCAGAUCAUCUUUUGAAAGAAAUAUUAUAUUCUUACAAAAAAAGUGCUCCUGAUAAAGUAGUGGCAAUGGAAGAUAAUGCUAUUUUAGCUCUUGAUGACAUUUCUGCAAUUCUUUGGUUCAAGACAUUCGAGGCAAAAAUCUCAACAAUUUUGGAAAAUAAGAUUCAAGAAUUAUCUAAUGAAUCUUUGGAAAAGCAAGAAGUUGAUAAAGAAUACCAAAAGAUGGAACUUCUAAAUAAUCAUUCUAAUCUAAUUAACAAAGUUUUUGCCAAAUUCAUUGAUUAUAAUUUAAAUAGAUCUAAUCAAAUAGAAUUUCUUCCCAAAAUAUUUAAUAAAAUCAGAAUUAAACUGGUUAAAACAAUUCUUGGAGCAAUCCAUACAACAUUUAGUAUACCUUUUAUAUCUAGAAACCAUUUCAUGGCUCACUUUCAUAUACAUGAUACUUCGAAUGGCCAAAUACUAAAUCUUUUUUUCAAUAUUGGUUACCUUGCACAACUUUCUAUACAAAAUUGUUUUUCUGAAGUAGAUAUAAUAAUCCAAAUUCUAAAAACUUAUAAUAGUACCAUUUUUUUAAUUUCAAGGUUUGGAGAGAGCUCUACAAAACAAUUGUUUAUUGAGGAAUUAUCGAAUGGAUUAAAUCAUAACUUAACCCCGGUUGAUUUUAUUUACCAAAAACUAAAGAGUUUAUUAUUUUCAGAUAAACAAAUUCAAUUAAGUAAUAAAUCAAAUGCUCUUCAUUAUUCAUUGUUCAAAUUUGCUUACUCCAUUCUCUUAGACAUUAAGUCAAUCAUUUUGAAAUUUAAUUACAAACAAAAAUCUUCAAAUUCAAAAAUUAUUAACUCUUCUUUAAUAUUUAAUAACGUUAACACAAGUUCUCAAAACACCAUUAUUUUUGAAAAAGUUAUUUAUUAUAAAAUUGCAUCUCUUUUUUACACUCUAAACUUUAUUAACAUAAUUUUGGAUCGUUAUUCAAUGGAUUCUGAAUCAUCAAAGAAACCUCUUUCCAUUUUUAUCGAAAAUUUUUUUUUAAAUUUUCUUUCUGAACCUGAAAUUGAGCAAAUUUAUCAUUUUGUUAAUACUGAAAUUAACCUUUAUAAUACUGAAAAGAAGUUUUUUGAUCCAAAUCUCAGAUUUGAGAUCGAUUUCAUUAAAGGAUACCUGUCAAAAUUCUCAAACAAAAAUUUCUCACUUAUAUAUUAA